UGAUAAUGGGUUUUCUAUUCUUUACAGGUCACAGAUGGAGGUACAAUCAAGCAGAAAAUCUUCACCUAUGAUGCCAUGUUUAAUACAAAUUACUCUCAUAUGGAGGACUACCGCAGGCGUGAAGAUCUUGUGUAUCAAUCAACCGUCCGGCUCCCAGAGGUACGGAUCUCAGACAAUGGGCCUUAUGAAUGCCAUGUGGGCAUCUAUGACCGGGCAACAAGGGAGAAGGUUGUCCUGGCUUCAGGAAAUGUUUUUCUUACAGUUAUGUCUCCUCCAAAUAACAUAUCAGUGCUGGCUGAGAACACUCCAGCCCCCUUCAGUCGAUACCAAGCUCAGAAUUUCACUCUUGUCUGCACAGCAAAAGGAGGAAAGCCAGCCCCAUCGGUGUACUUUAAGCGUGAUGGCGAGCUGAUAGAGGUAAUUUCCUACACUGAGCCCUCCACCAGCGAGCGAGCAGCCGGCUCAGCAGGAUGGAGAGGAGCCAGGCCACUCAUCAGCAGGGACCUUGAUGAGACCAAACUGCAGCGUUCCCUCUCUCUUCUCGAUCCGGAAGGCCGGUCGGCCCGUCUGUACACAGAGAGCCCUCAGCGUGUGCACACUCAGGGCCAGCAGGCCUAUGAACCCAGCCCUGCAACAGAGGUCAUUCCAGAGACAGUGGUGAGCCGAGAGUUCCCCCGCUGGGUACACAGCACGGACCCUCUGUACUACUUUAGUCACACUCAGAUCCCUCAGAGCGACGGCUCUGUUGUGGUACAGGCUCGACUUACCUGGACCCUCAACCCUCAGCUGGAUAACGAUGCCCUCUUCAGCUGUGAAGUUAAGCACCCAGCAUUAUCCAUGCCCAUGCAGACAGAGGUCACUCUGGCUUCUCCUAAGGGUCCUAAACUCUUCAUGACCCCCACUAGGGCAAAGGUUGGGGACACAGUGCGCAUCUCUGUACAAGGAUUCCAGAAUGAAGUAUUUCCUGAGCCACUCUUCACCUGGACACGGGUGGGAGGCCGCCUACUGGAUGGCAGUGCCGAGCGUGAGGGGAGAGAGCUGAUUCUGGAGAGAGUGCCGGCAGAGCUCAAUGGCUCCAUGUAUCGCUGCACAGCCCAGAAUCCUUUGGGUUCUACAGACACACACACUCGUCUCAUAGUUUUUGAAAAUCCGAGCAUGAUGAAAAACACGCAGAAUCCCAACAAUGAAGCCACUCGCACAGAAAAGCGUGGACUGACGUGGCUUGCACUUGUUCUCACAGUUACAGUGGGACUGACGUGAAACUGCUUCUUCAAGACACUCUCCCUCACAAAUAUAGACACACAUUUUGCCCAUACAAAACACAACAUCUGAAUAUGCACACAGAAAA